AUAUAUUUUUGGUUGUCCAAACUCGUCAAGAAUCUUAACCAAAUCAAAACCAAAACUUUAAAAGUUAAAACCAAUACCAAAACUAAAUCCCCAUCUUACUUUAUUGUUAUUUGUCAAUCCCAAAGCCAAAUUUCACUAUUUUCUCACCCCUAUUUUCUUCUUUCGCCGGCCAAACACACACAAAGAAUUUAGUGUGUGAAAAUACACACAUUCAAUGCUAUUUUAGUUUUUGGGUUUUGAUCUUGUGUGGAGGAUGGAUAAAUUUGUCAGCAGGCUUCGAAAUUUGGAUGCUUACCCUAAAAUUAAUGAAGAUUUCUACAACAGGUCGAUUUCUGGGGGGGUUAUUACCCUGAUUUCUUCAAUUCUCAUGCUCUUGCUUUUCGUCUCUGAGUUCAGAUUAUAUUUGCACACAGUAACUGAGACAAAGCUUGUCGUAGAUACUUCAAGGGGGGAACAGCUCCAUAUUGAUUUCGAUGUCACUUUCCCUGCCAUUCCAUGUUCGUUGCUCAGUAUAGAUGCAAUGGAUAUCAGCGGAGAACAACAUCUUGACAUAAGACACGAUAUACAGAAGAAAAGAAUUGAUGCGAAUGGUAAUAUUAUAGAAGUCAGACCUGAUGGAAUUGGCCAUACAAAGGUUGAGAAGCCUUUGCAGAAACAUGGCGGCAGGCUUGAGAAAGAUGAGACAUAUUGUGGUUCAUGCUUUGGUGCAGAAAUGUCAGAAGAGGACUGUUGCAAUUCAUGUGAGGAAGUUCGUGAAGCCUAUCGAAAAAGAGGCUGGGGUGUAACAAAUCCUGACUUGAUUGACCAGUGCAAAAGAGAAGAUUUCAUCCAAAGGAUCAAAGAUGAACAAGGUGAAGGAUGCAAUAUUGAAGGAACUCUUGAGGUUAAUAAAGUGGCUGGAAACUUCCAUUUUGCCCCAGGAAAAAGCUUUCAUCAGGCGAACUUCCAUGUGCUUGAGUUAUUGGCCUUUCAAAUGGAUAAUUAUAAUAUAACUCACAAGAUCAACAAGUUAUCAUUUGGUAAAUAUUAUCCUGGGAAUGUUAAUCCUCUUGAUGGGGUGACAUGGAUUCAAGGCAAAGAACAUGGAACUUACCAGUAUUUUCUUAAGGUGGUCCCUACUAUAUACAAGGAUAUCAAAGGGCACACUAUUAGUUCUAACCAGUUCUCUGCGACAGAGCAUUUUAAAAGUGCCGAAUUUGGCCGGUCUCAGUCCCUUCCUGGUGUCUUCUUUUUCUACGAUCUUUCUCCAAUAAAGGUGACUUUCAACGAAGAGCGCACAUCCUUUUUGCACUUUUUGACACAUAUAUGUGCAAUAGUUGGAGGUAUUUUCACAGUGGCAGGGAUAGUAGAUUCAUUUAUUUACCAUGGCCAAAAGGCAUUGAAGAAGAAAGUAGAAAUCGGCAAAUUCAUAUGAAGUGACGCAACCAAAGCCAAGAUUGCUGAGACAUCAAGGUUAGCUGUAGGCAACGUGACAUUAAGUGAGAAGAACAUUUUUGCUUCUGAGGCGCUCCACAUUUUCACCUGCUACUGUAACUUAAGUAAUGUGUCUGCUAAACCAAAGCAAUCACCCCCCUAGCAGAAUCAGGUGUUAGUUCUGUGUUUUAUAGUGAUAUACUAGAUGUAAUGUCAUUAAUCAUGAUGUGAUUUGCAAGAGCAAUACAGUACUAGGCUUCUGUAGCAGUAAACAAGCCUUUAAUGGAUUAUUUUUUUCAUGUUU